ACCAGCACAACCACUCUCUCUCCAUUUGUUUUCUCCAGUACUCUCUGUCUCUCUCAUCACUUCCUCCGAUCCUUUCCAAUUUUCAUGUCAAGAAUCCCAUAUCUCGAUUCCUCCCAUCCAGUAUGAGUAACUCAAUGAUCCCUAGAGACAAGGUCAUGUUCAAUUUGGUCUACGACAGAGGAUAGCUCGCGUUACGUUCAACCCCCCCGCGUCCAACAAACAUCCUGAAUUCGAGUCGAAUUUGUGUAUACAUAAAUAGCUAUAGCUAAAAUUUCGUUCAAUAUAAUAGUCACGUGUCACAUACAUAUAUAGCAAAGUAUGGAGGCGAAGUCCGCAGCGGGGAAGAAGCGGAACCUGAUAGUCCAGACGUGGGCGAGGUGCAAGUCGCUGGGCAAGGCAGCCGGCGGGUCGGCGGAGACGGAGGCGAAGCGGCAGCGGCGGAGGAAGAAGGGACAGGUGGCGCCGGAAGGGUGCUUCACGGUGUACGUUGGGGAGGAGAAGCAGAGGUUCGUGGUGAAGACGGAGUACGCCAACCACCCCAUGUUCCGGGUCCUGCUGGAGGAAGCGGAGUCGGAGUUCGGGUACAACCCGGAAGGCCCGCUGCUACUGCCGUGUGACGUGGCCUGCUUCUGGAAGGUCCUCGUGGCGAUGGACUCGGCGGAUGAUGAGGAGGCAGCUGCUGACGAAGGGGAGCUGUUUCGGCAGGUCAGCUGUGGCAAGUUUGCCGCUGCGAAGCGCCAUGGAUCUUAUCGCCAGUUCUGCCCUUCCCCCAUGCUCGCUCUCAACCGCCACGUUAAGUCCUACUAGCUUUGAUUUGAUGCCGUACCGUCCGCCCACUCGAUCGUCACCCUCCACGUAUUUGCAACCGUUGCUUGGAUCUGUGGUCUGGUUACUCAUUCGUAUGUGUCAUCAUCAGAUGAUGUCGCUCCACAAUCUCUAUGUCUUUAAUUCAACGAUUGGAAACAUGGGAAGAGGUCGUAGGAUAUAAUCAAUUCGUGCAUAUCAACUUGUCUUGGAUGGCGUCCCAAUUCAAAACUGUAGCUAUAUGUUUGUUUGUUUGUGUUGUGCGUACGUGUAUUUUUUUUUUUUUUUGUUUCUUGAUUUUGAAUGUGUAAGAAUGGGGAAAAAAGAGAAAAGGAAGAAAAAAAAAUGUCCCAUGAGUGAUUUUGUUGGAUGAUUUAUAAAACAAAUGAACUUGUUGUGG